AUGGGUGACAAUUCCAGUGUUGAUGAAAAUUAUCUUCAAGAACCAGAUGUUGAGUUCAAUAAUGGUAUUGUACCAAUAGUUGAUAUAGAUGAUAGUAACACCAACAAUAGUUUAUUAAGUUUAUCAGAUAUUUCAUCAGAAAUAAUUUCAGAUGCAGAGUUGUGUACUAUAAAAGAAAUUAAUUACUUGUCUCCUGAAAUUGAUAUUGUCACACGUUGGAAUUCCACAUUCUACAUGCUAAAAAAAUUUAUACAUUUACAACCAGCAUUACAAAUGCUUCAAGUUGAUAAUGCAAAUGUUAGAAGAAAUUAUCCUAUGAAUGAAGAAUUGCAAAAUGUUAAGGAUGUAACAAUUAUGUUAGAACCAAUCGAGCAUGCUACAAAAUUAUUGUCUGCUUCUUCAUAUUGUACACAUGGUGAUGUUAGGUUUUGUUUCUUGAGUAUCUUAGAAGACUUGGAAACUCAUUAUAAUAAUGACAAAUUUACUCAACCUAUGAUUGCAAAUAGCAUUCAUCACAAAUUAGAAGAAUAUUGGCCAUUUUUAGAUACCAGCUCACAAAUUUCUUCAAUAUUGGAUCCCUGUUGUAAAUUAUCAGCAUUUAAAGAAGGAGAGAGGGAGGAU